AUGGGGGGAGGGAUUGGGUACGGCAAGUUUGGGAAAUGGAUGUUGAUGGCCAACCCGGCUCUCAUGAAGCUCAACGGAUACCCGGACUCGGCAACCUUUGACCGUGGACACUGCCCCCCUAAAACCCGCACUUGCCCGCCGCAUUUUGGCUAUCACCCGGCUGGUCACUCGCUCGUCCGCUUUCGUACUAUACGAUGGCGGCGGCGUACGACAGCCGACUUUACAGGUGCAAGCGCGGUACUGGACGAGAUGCAGAAGCGGUUGGCAGCGGUGGACGGAGAGAUGAGGGAGCGGCAACGGCGGGGCCGGUUGUUUAAGAGCAAAGGCGACAUGUGUUUGCUCAGCGGCUCGCCCCGAGAUGCGGCCGAAAAUUACAGGGCGGCUCAGGAGCUCGCAAAGGCCUGCGGCGACUGGGUUUGGUACGGCACCGCAAUGGAGGUGGGUCGUACCUUGUACGGCAGGGGUAUUGCCGCGGCGCGCAUUCACGAAAUCCUUACCGACCCCGCCGCGGCGGCCGCCAUAGGGCCCACAACCGGCGCGUUCGGGCUAGAUGCCGUCUCGGCGGGGGAUACGGGGGGCAGCGGAGGCAGCACCGGUACGACAGGAGCGGCAGCCGGCGGCGGCGGCGGUGGCGGCCGUGGUGGUGGCGGUGCUGGUGGUGGUGGAAAGCAGUCAGGCCGUACGCGCGACGGCGCUGCACGUGGUGGUGGCGGUGGUGGUGGAGGAGGUGGUGGAGGAGUCUACAUGACAUCUGCGAAGUGGGAGCUGUUGAGGAGGAGCGACGCUGAGCUGUUUGUACGGGAGUGCUUUGCGGACGCACGUACGGCAUACAAGAAGAAGGGUGGCGUGGCGGCGCUGCAGGUGGAGCAGCAUUUAAAGCUGGCUCGGCUUGUGGCUGGGCUGCGGGGUGAGGUUGCUCGCAAGGAGGUUUCGGAGCUGGUCGGGUCUGUGGGGGAUCUGCUUUCGUCCCUCCCUGGCGUGGAGGACCGCCUGGUGGCCACCGUGGAGUGCGCGCAGGUUCUGGGCAUGGUUGGCUACAGCCGCAAGCGUACGCUACUGCUGUGGCACGCCAUGGAGCAGUGCCGUACUUCGGCGGCGGUGGCGGCGGCGGAGAAGGGGGAGUUGCUGCGGAUUGCGGUUCGCGCGUUGGAGCCGCCGGAGGACCCCCAGGUGCAGGAUCCCGACGAUUUGCCCCGCACGCAUUGGAGCCUCAAUUGGGCCCUACGCCGGGGGCCCUCCCUGGCGCCGUACCUCACCCAGCCUAGGUCGGCUGGUAGCAGUCGCGGGUGGGAGGUGGUGCAAACGGCGAUGCUGGAGACGGCCCUCACUGCCGCCAAGCAGGCGCAUGCGCCUGUGGAGGCGGAGCACUAUGCCGUACUUACACCCCAGUACCAGGCAGCGUUGCUGGACACGCUGGAGCAGGCGUCUGUGGCUCUUUCCAGUCGUCAGCGCACUCGCCAAGGACCCGGACCCGGACCGCUGGUGCAGCUGAAACGGCUGCUACCGGCGGCGCCGCCGCUGCAGCCAACACCUCUGACGCUAACUGCCGCCGGCACCAUCGCCGCCAGCGGCGCCGCAGGCCGCGGCAAGGGCAGCGGCGGCGGCGGCGGCAGCGGGCCAUUCAUCUUCAAUCCAUACGCGGCCAAGCGCCAAGCCAAACAAGAAGCCGGGGAGGCUAAUGCCCACCCCCCUGACUGGGCGUGUAGUGAUGAGGGUCGGGUCGAGGUGUACGUGGUCAACCCUCUAGCCGUACCGCUGAAGAUUGACCAGCUACAGCUCCAUGUCAAGUACCUAGGGCUACAGCUCCAAGGUGGGGGUGGAGGCGGGGGCGCUACGGCCGCCGCGUCGCUCACACGCGGCGCUAGCGGCCGCCAGCCGGCGGCGGCGGCGGCGGCGGCAGCAGCAGCCGGCGGUAGCAGUAGCAGUACGGGUGCUAGCGGCGCGGCGACACCGUCGGCUGCUGGGGCUGCCGCUGCUGGCGGCGGCGGCGCCGGCGGCGCCAAGGCUUUCCGUACGCCCUCACUUAAUUUGGUCUUGCCCCCCAACGGCCGACCCCAGCGAGUGGUGCUCUGCGGGAAGCCACAACUGCCCGGAUUGUACGGCAUUGACGGUUGCCUGGUGACUUGUUGGGGUGUAUCUUGGCAAGUGCCCUUCUCAAUGCCGCUGAAGAAGCUGGCGGGGACGGCGACGACAGCGUCUGCGGCGGCGGCGGCGGCGGCGGCGCAGGGGCCCCGCGGUGGUGGCGGCGGUGGCGGCGGCAAAAAACCUUCAUCAUCGGUGUCCGGUUGCCGUACUGUGCACGUCAACGUGCUUCCCCCGCUUCCCCUCGUCAGGGUGAGAGACCUUGUACGGCACUGUCCGGAUAUCGAUAUGACGGAAGCCUUGGGGGCAGAACACAUGUUGCUGGCCAAGGGCCAUCAUCCGCGCAAGUCCCUGGGGUGGACCAGGGACGACGCAGUUGCACCCCCAAGGUGGUGCCCGCCACCCCUGCGGCGGCGGCGGCGGCAGCUGCCGGCUCCGGAACCGGCUCGGCCUUCUCGGCCGCUGUUCAACAGCCUCAGCAAAUCAAAUACUACGUGUGCGUGUGGGCGGGCAAACGACGUAUCAUCAUCAUCAUCAUCAUCAUCAUCAUCAUCAUCAUCAUCAUCAUCAUCAUCAUCAUCAUCAUCAUCAUCAUCAUCAUCAUCAUCAUGGGCUGCACACACCGCGUUUGCGGAGGAUCUCCUGCGCAGUCCCCCCGUUGCGGUGCUUGAGGGGCAGCGGCUGACGUGGAGCCUAACUUUGCAAAACCAGGGCGCACUGCCGGUCACGGCAAUGAGCGUGCUGGUCACCAACCACAAAGGUGUCUGUGGAGGUGAGGUGGUGGUGGAGGUGGAGGUGGAGGGGAUGGGGGUGGAGGUGAGGUGGUGGUGGAUGUGGAAAUGGUGGGGAUGGGGGUGGAGAUCACGAUUACAUACCUCCACAAGCCGGCAGCCGAACGACCGGAAAGAUCCGAGGACGGCGCACCGCUGGUCGGCCGCCGAAUUGGCCAUCACCCUCACCUUCGACAUCCAGCCCUCCCUAUCCAUCGCUUCCAUGAACUUCCUUGACCACUACGCUCCUCUUCGAAACGGACAGAGGUUGCCUAAUGAGGAUCGGCCCGCGGGCUCACGGGUUUCUGGCGGAACGCAGUCCCGGGGCUGGUUCGGUUCCCUGCCCGCUCCCAACCGCAGCAGCCAGGGUGGGCCCCAGGCUAACCUGCUCAUGCACCGGCAGAGCGGCUCAGCAGUAGCAGCUGGCCCUGGCGGCAGCAGCAGCAGCACCGGCGGCGGCGGCGGUGCAGGGUUGGGUCAGCACCAGCACCAGCACCAGCAGUCGUAUCCCGGUGUGAUGAUGAUGAUGAUGGGCGGUGGUCUACCAGCCCACCACCAGCGGCAUCUAGGACCUUCCGGCCCGCCAUUGAGCUCUCGACUUGCGGGCCUUGACCUCAGUGUAUGUGGCGGCAGAUCCACCCGGCCGGGGUCUUCCUCGUCUGCUGUGGGAGCCGUGGGCAGCUCGGCAGCUGGGCCGGUGGGGCCGGUGGACAGGCGGCCUAGCGGGGCGGGGGCGGGGGAUGGUGACCCACGGGACGUGCACGUGGGUGCACGUGGGACUGGAGCAGCGUUCGCAACGCAGGGCAGCGUAACCGCUACCGCCAGCGCGAGCCAAAUCGACAUUGUCACCGCCAGUCAAUCUCCUAGGGCGCCGGCGGCAGCUCCGUCGCCAGGAGCAGCAGCAGCUGGCGGCGACGCCACCGCCGCCGCCACCGCCGCCACGGCGGCGGCGGCGCCUGCAGGACUGCUGCCCUUGCGUGCCGUACAUACUGGGCGGUCGGCGGUGGUGAUCCCAGACGGUCCCAAUGAUGCUUUGGGUCUGGUAACGGACAGCGUACUUUACGUAGCUGUGCGUAACACCAGCAGCUAUUACUUCAGCACCGAGACAGGUACGACCAGCGCAGAUCCCGGCGCAGCGCCGGCGCCGGCGCGGUUAAGCUUCGGCGGCGGCGGCGUUGCCGCUGGCGCCGCCGCCACCGUCGAGUUGGCUGAGGAGGUGGAUCGCAUGUCGGCGGCGGAGGGCCUGGCUGAGGAGUGGGCGGUGUUGUGGGAGAUGGUGAUGGGGCUUAGCGAGGAGGCGGCGGGACGCGUGCCGCCUCGAGGCGUCGUACGUUUGGCGGCGGUCGACAUCGCAAGGCUGACUGCCGUAGCUUUCUUUUCGCCGUUUUCCGUACAUUUGUUGUUGCAGAGCAUGUCCAGCACGGCAGUACAGUCGUUAAGACCAAGCACCAUCCACUUCCAAUUUCAGCCCUCCAUGAGUGAGCUUCGCGACGUCUUCAUCACCGGGACCGGCGCCGUUCUGCCCGGCGAGCGGAUCGGCAAUGAUCGGAUGGAGGACUUCAUCGGCCGCAUCGGCGGGCGGGCCUCCGCCGUCGGGCGGCGCGCCCUGCGCUGGAACGGGAUCGAGGGGCGGCAUUACGCCCUGAACAUUGACGGGGAGCCGCUGCACUCCAACGCCUCCAUGUGCGCUGAGGCGGUGCGGGCGGCGCUGGAUGGGGCGGGCUUGAGCCUCGGCGAUUUGCAGCAUCUGGGGGCGGCGGCGACGCAGGGCGACUAUCUGGUGCCCGGCCACGCCAGCGCCGUUCAGGCCGAACUGGGCGCGGGGCCGCUGGAGGCGUUCAGCUAUCAGUCCGUCUGCGCCAGCGCCCUGAUGGCGGCCAAGGGGGCCCCCAUGCCCGCGAUACAAGCGGGAUGUAUGAUUUGGAUUGUUCUAGGAGGGUGGCCCUAUAUGAGCAUUUUCCUGGCCCUAUUUUAUGUCUUAUCUGUACUGCAGGCUUUGGGGCUGUUGCCUUACAAUGUGGCCGGUUCGGUGUGGGGCCUUCGGGCGCAGCUGGGUGAGAUAUUCCGAUUGGAGCUGCUCGUCCACAACCACGGCAGUCACACACACCAUGUCACCUUCUCCUUGGCGGCGUCACCGAACGCGGCCGCCUCCGCCACGGUGGUGGUGGCGGUGGCGGCGGCGCCGCCGCCGCCGCCGUCAGACUUCUUCGCCGCAGGCAUGCACGGUGUACGACAGAACCAGCAGAAUCGCCAACCCUGUACGAGCGACGGUUACACUACCGGGCCCAACUUCGUUCUGGGAGCAACCGGCAACCCGAUCGUGGCGUCCUACGGUAGAGGUACCGCCAACGCCAGCGCUGGCGAGUUGUACGGCGGCGGCGCUGCCGCCGACGCAGCUGCCGCCGUACACGUGCCGGAGCCGGGUAUCGACCCGGGUGUCGUCCUGGUUGGUGCGGUACAUAAUGUCCUUGUGACCGUUGGGCCCCGUAGUACGCGCAUAUAUGCGUCGAUGGAUCGCCUCAAUGUGUUGUGCGUUUAA